CGGGGCUGGGGGCGGGGCGAGAGGGGUCCGGGGAUAAGACGGAAGAAAGAGGCGAAAAGGACCGGAGAAGACGGGAGGAGCGGCGGCCGGCAGAAUGAAUCCAGAAUUAUUCGCCAAGUUCUCAGAGGAGCUGAAGAUUGCGGGCAAUAAAGUGGGGGAGGUGCAAGGCGUCCCCCUCCCCGAAAGCAGCUGCGAAAUCUGGGAGCAGAUCUACAACUUCCAGGCGCGAGAAGAUGACAUCCUGAUCGCUACCUACCCCAAAGCAGGGACUACAUGGAUGCAGGAGAUCGUGGACCUGAUAAUGCUAGAGGGAGAUGUGGAGAAGAGCAUGCGGGCCCCGUGCUUUGUCAAGGUGCCGUUCUUAGACCUCUAUCCAAAGCCAAUGCCGUCAGGUGUGGAGGCCGCAAACGCCAUGGAGUCACCGCGUCUCCUAAAAACUCAUUUACCAAUACAACUUCUGCCGCCAUCUUUUUGGGAGAAGAAUGUCAAGGUAAUUUACGUUGCUCGGAACGUCAAAGACUGUAUGGUCUCCUACUUCCACUUCCAGAGGAUGAAUAAAGGUCUGCCUGAUCCAGGGACCUGGAAUGAAUAUUUCUCCACAUUCACUGCUGGAAAUGUUCCUUGGGGAAGCUGGUUUGACCAUGUUAUCGGAUGGUGGAAAGCAAAAGACAAGCGCCAGAUCCUCUAUGUCUUCUACGAGGACAUAAUUGAGGACCCAAAGAGAGAAAUAAGAAAAAUAUCACAGUUUCUGGGGAAGGAGCUGAGAGAGGAGGUUCUGGACACCAUCCAGCACCACACAUCGUUCAGUGCCAUGAAGGAGAACCCAAUGACCAACAUGAGUAUCCUGCCUUCAGAUGUAUUUGACCAGAAAAUCUCCCCCUUCCUGAGGAAAGGUAAAGUUGGAGACUGGAAGAAUCAUUUCUUGGUGGCCCAAAAUAUUGUGCUUGAUGAGGAAUACCAGAAGAAGAUGGAGGGGAUUGGGCUGAACUUCCGCACCGAGCUAUGAAACAACUAAAAUGCCUGCCAUGACACAAAGUUUUUUUUUUUUAUGUGAGGCGGGUGGGAUAAUGACCCCCCCCUACCUUGACCACGUAGACCCACUCACCGUCUCAAGACUGAGGGAGAAUUGACAGGUUUGGAGAUGUACAUGAUAGAUAUUAAUUAAUCACUGGGAGGUUUGACCAUAAAGUCAAUCUCCAGGCUCCUCCCCCUCAUUGAGUCUCUUCACCUAUUUAAAGAGACUCCCUUUAAUUAGGCCCCUCCCCUCAGUCUACGUGAUGCAGUUUCCAGAUCUCACCGGUGGUUUUGUCCUUGCAGCUCUUCAUGCACUGACUUCUGAACAAACAGAGCUGCAGUGUAAAGCAUGGUGAAGGGAUAGUGGGAUGGUUGUAGACUACCUCAGACUCCAGUAGACAAUACAGCUAAGGUGGAGUCAUCAUGAAUCAUAACUGUGUCCUAACAGUGUACCAUGCUGCAUAAAGAACCGUUGACAUAAA